AAGGUAACCAUCUUUGUUACCAUUCCCUUCCUCUAUUUGUAUCCAUUCCCUUUCCAUUCCAUAUCUUGAACCAAACGACCCCUAAAAAGAAAUGUCAGAGAGAAGAAAUAGCAUGCAUCUGUAUACUUAUUGAAGACGAAAGGACUAGUACUAGUGAAAGGAGAAUGUAGUUUUUUUCUUUAUUUGAAAUUUCAAAAUGUGAAGUAGUUUGUUCUUCUUUUACGUUCAUCAUCAUCACUUUAGUUAAAGUAGCAACAAUGAGCUGUUAUUCGGUGACAAUGAACAGCAAGAAGCAAGAAGCAAACCUCACAGGAAAUUUAGAGCGCUUAGCUUCUUGAGAUCCAUCUAGAAAACAGUAUGCUUUUAUUGAAAUUUCAAUCCAACAAGCAAAAAUAACCAAUGUUUAUACGACAUGUCAUCUAGAAAAAAGACAGCUUAUUUUUCUAUUUAAGGAGCUCAUUUUCGUUAGUGUCCAAUUGUCCAUACACAUUAUAAGUUGAGUUUGUAGGAGACAAAAUGGGUUCAAUUUCUACACUUACAUCUCUAGUUAAGGAGGGAAAACUUCAAAAUAGUUUCAUAAUGGACGAAGAUGAACGUCCUAAGGUUGCAUAUAACCAAUUUAGCAACGAAAUCCCGAUGAUCUCUCUCGAUGGAAUCGAGGAUGAUUCACCAGGUGGACGAAGGGAGGUUAUAUGCAUGAAAAUAGCUCAAGCUUGUGAAGAGUGGGGGAUGUUUCAAGUGGUGGAUCAUGGCAUUGAUCCUAAACUUGUUCAUGAUAUGAGUAGCUUGUCUAGGGAGUUCUUUGCUUUGCCUGAUGAAGAUAAAUUGAGGUUCGAUAUGAGGGGUGGUAAAAGAGGUGGUUUUAGUAUAUCCAGUCAUAUUCAGAAUGAAAUAGUUGCAAAUUGGCGUGAGAUGGUAGCUUUUGUUCCAUACCCAAUAGAAGAGAGGGACUAUACUAGAUGGCCAGAUAAGCCCAAAGAAUGGCGUGGAGUAACUGAAAUGUAUAGUGAGAAUAUGAUGGGUCUUGCUACUAAGCUUCUAGGGGUUUUGUCUGAGGCAUUGGGCCUUGAAAGGGAGGCCAUGCUACAAGCUUGCAAACAGAUGACCCAACGUAUGGCAGUCAAUUUCUACCCAAAAUGCCCUGAGCCCAAUCUAGCAAUUGGGCUUAAAAGACAUACUGAUCCAGGUACUAUUACUUUACUUCUGCAAGACCAAGUUGGUGGGCUUCAAGCUACUAAAGAUGACGGGGUCAAUUGGAUUACGGUUCAACCCGUUAAAAGUGCUUUUGUUGUCAACCUUGGUGACCAUGCAUAUUAUGCUAGCAAUGGAAAAUUCAAGAAAGCAGAUCAUCAAGCAGUGGUAAAUUGUUUCCAUAAUCGAUUGUCAAUUGCCACAUUCAUAAAUCCAGACCAAGAGGCAAUUGUGUAUCCCCUUAAGGUUGAGAAGGGAGAUAGGAAAAUUCUAGAAGAGCCAAUUACAUUUGCUGAAAUGUAUAAGAAACAUUCAAUUGAUCACCUGGAGCGAGGCAAGGUGAAGCAAAUAGCAAAUCAACAAAAACUUUCAAAAGAAAACUCGGAUUAUAAGAAGCUUCAAAUGGUGGAAAAUAAUGAUAUAUCCUUGGAAGAGUAUUAG